AAAAGUUAUCGGAAGAAGGCGGAAAUGGUUCCGAUUGCGACUCAGAACCAGGGAUCCAAUUAAAAAGGAAACAACGCCGAUCCCGCACAACCUUCACCGCUCAACAAUUAGAUGAAUUAGAACGAGCUUUCAAUAAAACCCAAUACCCCGAUAUUUACACGCGAGAAGAAUUAGCCCAAAAAACGAAUUUAAGCGAGGCUCGGAUUCAAGUUUGGUUUAGUAAUCGAAGGGCGAGGAUGCGAAAACAAGUUGCUUCAAACACCGGUUCGUACCCGUUAAGCGGAAAUGGUUACCCGGUGCAAAAUUCGAAUGCUUCAUCAUCGCCGUAUGGGUUGAAUCAACCUGAUUUUGGGCAUUCGCCCCCUCAUAAUAAUAAUUCAAUGAUGGAUUUGUACUCGGUGAAUCAUCCAACUUAUUCCCCACCUCCAAUGUAUUCAAACGGAAACGUCCAUGGAUUUAUGCCAAUCGGGCAAAAUAUGAACCCCCCGUUGGCGAACGCGAUGAAUUCGAUGCCUAAUAUCCCCAAUAAUAUGGUUUAUGGAGCACGAGGGGACCAACUUUGUUCUUCACCACCAAUUCCCGUCUCAAUGUCUGCUAAUUAUAACGCUAAUUUACCUCCAACUUCAAAUAAUAGCGUUAUUGGGCCACAUAGUGGUGGUAGUAGUAAUAGUAAUCAAGGAUCACCAAAUACCGAUUUAAAUAAUUUAAACACAACCACCGGCGUCGGAUGGAAUAGUCGAGAGAGUAGUCCGAUUGAGCUUCAAUCGAGUUUAAUGAGCGGACAACAUUCGGGAAAUAUGACCCAUUUAAAUGGGCUAAGUCAAUUCGCGCAGCCGAUUAGUAUUCCUCAAAGAUUAAGUUCUUUUUCACAUAAUUCCCUUCACGGUUACGGUGCUUCACCGAAAUCCUACGCAGCCCCAUCCGUGUACACCCUGUAUAGUUGUUAA